AUGUAUUGGCCAUGCAGCGUGCCGCAAAUCUUCGCAUACCAUGGACCUGGCACUGUAACUGGCCACCAACCGAAAGAAACAGAAGCCCACCAUGAAGACGGGGAGGCAGAGAAGAGUGAUUCCACCGACGAUGACACCAAUGCUAUAAUCGAUCUUCAAGCUGCCCGACAUGACCACGUCUUUGCGACAAUCAGCCCCGUUCGAUUAGAUCUUUGGUCAACGCGUCCUGUGGUUGUCCUGGCCUCGCUCUCGCGAUCAUCAAAGUCGUUAGAAACUUAUGGCAAAAAUCUCGGCCUCGCGUUCAAACCAGAUGGAACCACCUUGGUCAUUCGCACAGAGGGAAGCUAUUUGAUGUUAUACUCUGUAGAGAGUGAUCAGACUGCCCGGGUCCUGCAACAACAGUAUGGGUAUAGCCAGGCGAAACGGCAAAAUAUCAUGCGGAGUUUUGGGACGGAUGAGACCAUUGGAGUUCCAGAGGUUCUCCUGCGCUUCCGAAGAGCCAUUAAGAUCGAUGCUGGGAUCAACUCAAUCAACGCCCUCGAUUCGGAGAUCAUUGUGGCAACGACCAAGCCUGCUGCAGUGCAAUGUAUCAGAUGGGACCUCCAGAAGGAUGGCUCCAAUGCGGUAGCACAACUGCUGAAUAGGAUGGACUGGAUUACAGAAAAGUCAAGCAUAUCAACCAUGAUCCAUGACCGAGCCAUGAACCUUUCAGUCUGGUUAUCGCAGGACGGCCACGCAUAUGCAGUACAACGGAUCAAACCCCAGUUGACGCGAGCACCCUCUUCCGAUGACUCCAUCCCAUCCUCAAGGGGAUCUACGACCCCUUCAACCAGAUUGUUUGACGGAUAUUGCUUUCAUAAACCCGAGUCAUCCUCGGGGGCGACAUUUGCAAGUAUCAAUGCCCGGUUCUCACUAAUCGCCAUUGCUACGUCGACAGGGGAAAUCAUUUGCUAUUCUGCAAAAGACUACGCCGGCAAUAUUCCGUUGUCUCACACUUUCAGGCCUUCUACCUCGCCAUCUUCCAGAGGCCCUAUUACAUGUCUGAUAUGGUCCCCCGACGGCUACUGUCUCUUUGUUGGCUACAAACAGGGUUGGUGUACGUGGUCGGUGUUUGGAAAGGAAGGCGCAUCAACCUUCCACCAAAACCUGGCACACGCCGAAUCCAAUUCCGAGAAAUGGCUCCUCGCUGUCCAACGGGCGACUUGGAUCGGUGCUGGCGGCGAAAUCCUCCUCAUCGCCCCGUCUGAUAAUCGACUCUGGAAGUUAGAAAUGUCGCGAAGCGCUGCUAUGGGCUGCUUCUCCUGCGCCAAUCUCGUUCGUGCUCUUCUCCAAACCCCAACAGAAGUGACAGUCUAUCGUGGCCAUGAACUCCCCGACUUGACUUCUAUAUCGAAUGAGGCAUCCCUUUGGCAUCACGCCGAAUACCCGCAUGUUUAUCUACACAAUCAGUGGCCUAUCAAGUCGUGUGUGGUGUCCCAAGACGGGAGAUAUGUUGCAAUCGCCGGCCGUCGAGGUCUGGCCCACUAUAGUCUCCAGAGUGGGAGAUGGAAGACCUUCUCUGACUUGUCGGUAGAGAGUUCGUUUGCAGUCCGUGGAGGGAUGUGCUGGUUCAACCAUGUCCUUGCCGUCGCAACCGAGAACACUAAUGGGUAUGAUUUGCGCCUGUACUCGCGGGAACUCGAACUGGGCCGUUUCCCUUUGCAUAACGAAGCAUUUUCCAUGCCCAUCGUGUUUGUGGGCCCUUCAGGUGAAGACUCGCUAUUGGUCUAUACCUACGAGAACAUCCUCUACCACUAUAUCCUUAACAUCACCGACCGAGGAGCGCAGCUUGUGCAAGUGGGCCAAAUCGCCUUUCAUGGCAUUGUGCGCGCACCCAGCCGAGUUCGUUCCGUCAGCUGGGUCGUUCCAGAUUCCCAGCUUCGAAACGGAGAUCCCUCAAGAGACGUAGAGUUUGCGUCUGUCCUAUUUCUUGUUGACGACAAGUUGGUCCUGUUGCAAGCGUCUCGUAACGAAAGGGACGAGCUUAAAUACGAUAUGCGAGUCAUUGCUCAGCAUGUCGAGUACUACAUACUCAUGCGCGAUCAGAUAUAUUUCAACUUCAGCACUGGUCCAGAUGAAUCAGCGCCACCCACACCAUCAGCUGGCUCGGCGUUCACAAUGCGAAGCCAGCAAAAUUACUCAUUGCGAGACUCUCUCUGGACAUUCAGCGGUGAAGAACUUCGUCUCUGGCCAGAUGUGCGGGAUCUGUUCCACCAUGGUGCGGGAGAGCUCCAGACAUCACCAGUACUAUCUAUGUCAAUCGACUUCUACCCUUUAUCCAUCCUCCUCACUAAGGGUGUUGUGCUGGGUAUUGAAUCCGAGCUUCUCCAGCGGCGAGACGUCAACUUCGCCCAAUUUCGCUCCAGCAUCCGCACACAGCUUUUCCUCCCCUAUAUACUCCGCCACCAACUGUGUGAAGCAAACGACACCGCCGCCGCAUUCGGCCUGGCGAACCAGUAUCAGAACCUCUCAUACUUUCCACAUGCCCUGGAAAUACUGCUCCACAACGUCCUCGAUGAUGAAGUUGACCGCGAACCCAAACUCAAAGACAAAGAUGACGAUGGCGCACAAGGGCCAUUGCCAGCUGUCCUCUCGUUUCUCCAACUAGUCCUCCCACCAACAACAUACCUAUCGACCGUAGUACAAUGCAUCCGCAAGACAGAGCUAUCGUCGUGGCGCACGCUCUUCGCGCACCUCCCGCCCCCACUGGCCCUGUUCGAGCAAGCCCUCGAGCUCGAGGACCUCAAAACCGCCGGUGGCUACCUCAUCGUCCUCCAGGGUCUGGAAGAGGGCAACGACGAGUCCGAGUCCUAUGACGCCCGCAAAUUCGAAGGCUACGUAAUCCGCCUCAUGACUCUGGCCCGGCAAAAGGGCGACUUUGAGCUGUGCGCCGAACUGGCCCGGUUCAUGAUGGGGAUCGAUCCGAGGGGCGAUGCGUUGCGGAGGGUCAUCGUCGGGGUCGGCUUCAGGGACAAGCCGGCGCUUUUGGAGCCCCAUCGCACAGUAUCUAGCACAGGGGCGUUGCAAAUACCGCGUUCGAGAAAUAAGAAUACGGAUCAGAACUCGGAGGGGAGCUCGAGUCCGUCGCCGGCGAGGUUGAGUCCGGUUAGUGCCGGUGACUACUUCUCGAGUUCACCAGGUGGAUAUUGA